AUGUCUACCCAAUCAGGUAUUACAUCAUCGGAAGAAUUAACUGAAUCUUUUAAAUCUUUACCAUCAUCUUCAGCAUUAAUUAUUAAAAUUUCUUCAGAUUCAACAAAAUUAAUUCCUGAAAAAACGAUAACUUCAACUUCAUUAUCAACAUUAUUUUCAGAAUUAAAUUCAUAUAUAUCAAAAGAAUUUCCUGAUCCUUCAUAUAUUAUUAUUAAUAAUGAAAAAGGAAAUGGAAAUGAUAAAACAUUUAUUAGUUUCAUUCCCGAUGUUGCUAAAUUAAGAUCAAAAAUGCUUUAUGCUAGUACUAGAAAUACAAUUAUUAAUAAUUUAAGUAAUGGUAUAAAUCAAAAAUUUUCAUUUACUGAAUUAGAUGAAUUAACAAAUGAUUAUUAUUUAAAAUGUUUAAAUGAUAAUAGUAAUAAUACAAAUGAAGGAUUAUUAACUGAAGAUGAAAAAAUUUUACAAGGUAUUAAUAAUUUAUCAAGUUUUGGAAAUCAUGGAUUUAAAAAAAAAUUAGCAUCAAUGGGAGGUAGUGAAGAUUUAUCAAAUAAUCAAGAUAUUUUAUAUAAAUUUGAUAAUGAAUUAACAAAUGCAAUUGAUAAUUUAACUUCAAAUGAUUAUGAAAAAUUAAUUGUUUUUAAUAUUGAUUUAUCUAAUGAAUUGGUUAAAUUACAAAAUAUCAAAUCAAAUAUUCUGAUUAAUCAAUUAAUUCAAACUUUAGAAUCUUCAAAUGAAUCUAAAAGUCCUCAAUAUUCAAUUUAUAACUAUAAUAAAAAUGGUAAUUUAGCAUUUAUUUAUUCUUGUCCUUCUGGUUCUGCUGUUAAAGAUAGAAUGAUUUAUGCUUCCUUUAAAAAUAGUUUAAUCAAUCAUUUAAAAGAUAAACUUUCAAAAUCUGGUUUGACGAUUGAUAAAAAUUUAGAAGUUGGUGAUUUAGAUGAAUUAGAAUUAAGUGAUUUGCAACCAGAAGAAGAACAACAACAACAAGGUGAAGAUUCAGAAUCAAUUAGUUCUGCUUCUUCUUCCUCUAAAGCUGGGUUGAAAUUUAAUAAACCAAGGGGUCCAAGACGUAGAUAA